CGGGGCCAGCGGGGAACACACUGCCAGGCCGGGCCGGGGAGGAGGAGAGGAAGGAGCAGCACGGCACAGCCUCCUCCAGCUUUACCAUCGUACAGGGAAGAACGGGCGACACAUAACGAUUGCAGACAUGGAGACCUUGGACAAAGCCGUAACUGGAUAUAUAGAUAAUUUAUUGGGACCACGAGACCCACGAGUGAAGGGAUGGUUCCUGUUGGGCAGUUAUAUCCCCACCUUUGUAUUCACUGCCCUGUAUUUAUUUGUUGUAUGGAUUGGACCAAAGUACAUGCAAAACAGGCAGCCCAUUUCAUGUAGAGGAAUUUUAGUGGUUUAUAACCUUGGACUGACUGUGCUCUCCCUGUAUAUGUUUUAUGAGCUUGUAACAGGAGUAUGGGAAGGAGGCUACAACUUCUUCUGUCAAGACACUCAUAGUGGAGGGAAAGCAGACAUGAAGAUAAUCAGAGUCCUGUGGUGGUACUACUUCUCCAAACUGAUUGAAUUUAUGGAUACGUUUUUCUUCAUCCUCCGCAAAAAUAACCACCAAAUUACCGUCCUGCAUGUUUACCAUCACGCCUCUAUGCUUACCAUUUGGUGGUUUGUCAUGAACUGGGUACCUUGCGGACAUUCUUACUUUGGUGCUACACUCAACAGCUUUAUUCAUGUUCUCAUGUAUUCCUACUAUGGACUGUCCGCUAUUCCAGCCAUGCGCCCAUAUCUGUGGUGGAAGAAAUACAUCACUCAGUGCCAGUUGACUCAAUUUGUCCUGACAAUGACCCAGACCAGCUGUGCGAUGAUUUGGCCCUGUGCAUUCCCCAUGGGUUGGCUGUAUUUCCAGAACUGCUACAUGAUCUCUCUGAUUAUCCUCUUUGGCAAUUUCUACAUUAAGACUUACAGCAAGAAAACUUCUUCUAAGAGGAAAGAUUACCAGAACGGGUCCGUGAGUGCAGUGAACGGUCACACAAAUGGCUUUUCAUCGCUGGAGGACAAUGUCAAGCAGCGUAAACAAACAAGGGAUUGAACAGAAAACCCGACAGCCAUUUCACUACGCCAGAGGAUACAACAUCAGAUUGAAAGCACGGAAGAGUCUGUGCUGUGAUACCCUUACAGCUACUGUAAUUGUUCCUAGUUAAUAUAAUGUGAUUAACGUAGGUCUUAACAAAUUUCAGCCAUUAUAACUAUGCCGUAGAAGACAUAGAAAAUUGCU